CCGAUGAGGAACAGACAGUUUAGACCCGUUUAGACCGCCGUAGAUCAAAUAUAUUUUUGCAGUUGUGGACUUGCUCGGGUGGUUGUUUCAGUCUUUACUUUUGGUUGAUGGGAAAUUUUCUGUCCGAGGAAGGGUGACUGUAAAUGUAGUUUAUUGUCAGUAAAAACAUGUGUAGCUAGCGCCUCUCAGUUUGCUAACGUUAGCUAAACCGACCACCAGCAUCGACCCCGAAGCCUUCCAGCAACAUUUCACUGGCAAUCAGCAAUGCAGAAGACAUGACGAUAAAGCAGGAAGCCUCGUCCUUCUGUCAGUGAACGUGUCUUAACAAUUAUCUGCUCUGUGUUGAUCGUUCAUCUUGACGAAAUGAAUUUCUUGCGUAAUCGUCUUGUUGUUCUGGGCCUGGUGUUGUUGGCCACGUUACUGCUGUACCUGCUGCUGCCAUCCAUUCGCCAGGGCAGCAUGGAGCCGUCUCUUGAAGCUCAAAGAAUGGGACUGAUGGCCACACCGCCACCUCCUCUUCCGACCAUCAACGUCUCUAUUCGCACUGGACAGCUCCCAGGGGACCCUCCACUGUUCUUCAGAGAAGCGUUGCCUGUUGAUGGAGCUGGGCGACAGAUAUUGCCGAGGCUGCAAGUGGUUCUUCUUCAUGGCCAGGCCUUCACAUCCAAAACCUGGGAAGAACUCGGUACGAUGGCCCUGCUGGCGACCAAUGGAUAUCAGGCCUUAGCAAUGGACCUGCCAGGGUAUGGAAAAUCGCCAGACUCAGACGCUCUGAAGACCGACCAGAAUCGGGUGGACCUCCUUUCAAGGUUCAUGGAGUCUUUGGGUGUCAGGGCAGCUGUGCUUUUGAGCCCCUCCAUGAGUGGACAUUACUCCAUCCCCUUCCUCAUGAAGAACAGUGCUCAGCUACAUGGUUUCAUUCCCAUUGCACCAGUCGGCACCCGAAGUUACACUCCACAGCAGUACCAAACUAUUGAGACUCCUACUCUGAUUGUGUUCGGAGCCCUGGACACAAAUCUGGGUGCUCAGUCCCACAAGAACCUCAUACAACUUCCACAUCACGUUGUGCUAAAGUUGGAGGGAGCUCGCCAUGCCUGCUACAUGGACAAACCCAGAGAAUUUCACCAAGGAUUGAUUGACUUCCUUGGCAAAUUAAAGUGAGAUAUGUAGCGGAGGAAGAGGGUGGUUUAGUGCGGUGACAGUUUCGCUAAAAAAUAGUAAGAUCCGCAUUAUUCUCAUCUUGUCAACACCUGAAGCAAGGAACAUUGACAUGGGAGUAGGUUUUAAUACAUGGAAUAUGGCAUGUAAAAUCUGUUAUCAAUGUGACCAUUAACACUACAGUAUUUCAGUUCCCAAAAUAAAAAAAAGUUAUAGUUAUUUUUUCAGUUUUCCAUAGUGUCACCCAAACAUACCAGAGUAGUUCAGCUCAGCUUGUCAGGAAAAAAAACUCCAUCAGACUUAGUGGUGAGUUUUGUUUCAUGUGACUCUUUGCAUGUUAAAACAUGGAAUAUGUUCGCUUCACUGUUACCAUUUUUGUAGGUGACAUGUAGGUUACUGUAAACAUGCAGAUGUAGCAGGUGCCUGUGUUUAAAAAGCUUCUCUUCGCUUCACACUCGACAAACAGUUCUGGUAGCUUCCAAGAAAACAUAUGCUGUUCUCCACAAAGGCAAACAGAACUGAUACAAUGUAAUUUAAAAAAUGUAUAAAAUAAUAUGGACCAUAUUAAAUGACAAAAAAUGUUCACAUUUGUUAAUAUAAUGAUGAUAAAGUUAUAUGUAAUAUAUUUGCAAUAAGUUUGGACAAUCGUGCAAAUGUUAAAUUAAGAUAUAUGCAGAGCUUAAAAUAAAAACAAAAAUUUA